AUGCCUACCCCCACCAGCCCGACUCACCACCCUAUACGAAACCAUGAAAUACCAGACCCUUUGACGAUUCUCAUCCCAUUCGGCUUGGGCCAAAAAAACCGAGAUGGCGCUUAUGCAGCGAGGGUCCACAGCGGUUGCUCGUCUAUCCCGCGUACCGGAGGCGACUGGCACCAGACCGGAAAUGCUUCCUCGGGCCCCUCUCCCUUGACUGGCUACACCACUUCGAUCUCGAUUGUCGUCAAAGCUCCAGAGACCGCAACCAAGACUUUAUUCGCCCCAUCGCCACCGAAAGUCUUGGACCUACCUACUCACGCCCAUGCGCCCUCAGUCUCGAGUCCGACCGCGCAUCACCUCGAGUUGAUUGUGGCCCUCAAGCUUCGAGCUUCAAGGCCGACUCAGCCCUCAGCCCUCAACUUCCAUUUCAGCGACCAGAUUCAGGUUCCAUCAGAAGAAGAGUCGUGA